AUUCGUACCUAUAUCUAGUAAUCUUCAUUGAGCGUGUACCAUAGUUAAUAGUACCUAUCCAUUUAAUAAUAUUAGGGAUUGUGCGACGAUUUAAUUUAAUAAUUAUUAAUAAUACUAAUAAUUUUUCAAUAAUAUUUUCUCAACACGUACAGUGAAUUGAAAGUUUUUGUUGCAUAGGUGAAUUUUACUUGGUACGUGAAAAUUCUCUAACUUUACGUUGGACGGUUGACAAAACUUCGGCAAGCUAGUGCGUUAUUUUGGGACCAGAAAAUUUAGUUUUGUUUGGUAUGUUUUAUCGGAGAAACGUGUCUUAAUAAAUGCAAUUUUAAUGGUUAUUGAAAACUGAUGGAAUGAUCGGCUGGUUCUGUUUAUGGCAAUUGUUUAUCUCAAUAAGUAACUAUGAUAUGCUUGAAGCAAAACCAAUGUCAAAAGCUAAUCUGUCCAUUCUUGAAGUACCAGCAGGCGAAACAGCUAAAUUAUUUUGCCCCAGUAACGACGAUAAUCACAGAUUUCAAUUUUGGCAGCUGAAAAGUAAUGAAAUAUUGGGUCCUGGAAACAGAAUAAAUGAGCGCAAAUACAAGUACGAAGUACUCAGCGGAACUCUUUAUAUUAAAGGUGUUUCGCCAGAUGAACAGGGACUUUAUACUUGCUAUUGCAAACAUUUGACCAAUACAACUUUCAAUGCUAAAUCUGUUAUGCUAGAAGUGCGAACAGACUGGCAGCAAUUAUGGGAAAAUGACGAAGUUAAUAUUUUUAGAAUGGGUGCUAUUUUUUUUGUGGCUGCUCUUAUUGUUAUGGUACUGUAUGUUAUACAUAACAACAUCCGACAAAAUCAACUUAUGCAGUUCAAAGAUUUUACGAAUGAAAAUGUUUUAGAUGAAAUAUCAUCUAGGAAAGCGUCAUAUUCAUUGCCACGAAAUGGUAAAAAUAUUGAAUUGAGAGAAGGUAUCGACAAUCCAGCUUUAGAUGUACAGUUGUCGAGAGAAACUACACCGACUUAUGGAUAUACAUCAAGAGGCGAUUCCAAAUUUUAAGAAGAUAUGACAAAAUGAUUAGAACAAUUUAUAACCUAUUUAAUCAGGUACCUACUUGUUUUCGGCCAUGUGUUGAAAUUAAUACUUUAAUUAAAUAAAGUUUUCAAAAUUU